UUUUCACCUGAAGAGAGGGAGGGGUAACUCUGAGUUACACAAGAGGAAAAACAAGGAAGAGCUCACAAGAAGCAGGUCGGUGUGUACGUUCACUUCUCCAGAUUGUGCCUUGGAGACAUAUAAAAGAGGAGUUUACCCAGUUGGUGGGUUUCUCAGCACGGAUAUGGAUGUCCCGGAUUCUCCACACUGGAAUAUGGGGCUGUUAAGAACCUUUGAUGCCACUGAGUUUGGCAGCUGGGAAAAAAUAGGUUCAGGAGGAUUUGGACAAGUAUACAAAGUCCGGCACGUACAGUGGAAAACAUGGCUGGCUAUCAAGUGCCCUCCCAGCCUUCAUGUGGAUGACAAAGACCGAUCAGAGCUGCUCGAGGAGGCAAAAAAGAUGGAGGCUGCCAAGUUCAGAUACAUCCUUCCUGUGUAUGGGAUUUGUGAGGACCCCCAGGGCCUCGUCAUGGAGUACAUGGAGACUGGCUCUCUGGAGACCCUGCUGGCCAACGAGCUGCUGCCCUGGGAGCUCCGUUUCCGUAUCAUUCACGAGACUGCAGUGGGAAUGAACUUCCUCCACUGCAUGAACCCACCACUCCUCCACCUGGACCUGAAGCCUGCCAACAUCCUGCUGGAUGCUCACUAUCAUGUCAAGAUCUCUGAUUUUGGCCUGGCCAGGUGGAACGGUCUGUCUCGAGCUGAUGACAUCAGUAGAGAUGGCUUCUGUGGAACUAUUGCCUACCUGCCCCCUGAGAGCAUCAUAGAGAAGGACAGAGUGUCUGACACCAAGCAUGACGUAUACAGUUUCUCUAUUGUCAUCUGGGGGAUUCUAACACAGAAGAAGCCUUAUCAAGGUGAGAAUAAUAUCCUGCAGGUCAUGGUGAAGGUGGUUAAGGGUCUGCGUCCAGACUUGAAUGCGGUGCCACGCUGUCGACCUUCAGCCUGCACAGGUUUCCUGAGCCUCAUGCAACGCUGCUGGGCCACAAACCCUGAAGUCAGACCCAGCUUCCAGGAAAUCACAUCUGAAGCUGAGGAGCUCUGUUCCAAACCUCAAGAGGAGCCCAGGAGCCCAACUUUGUCUACAUCAGAGCCAGAGCCCAUGUCCCCUAAUGCACUCACCAGUGACAAGGUUAAAGAGAACAAACCAGUGCGGCCAAAGUCAGCCAUGUUGCCAGAGAAAGAUUAUAGCCUGUCAGAGCUCUUGAGCCAGGUGGAUUCUGGGAUCUCUAGGAGCUUUGAUAGAGUGAAGGAAGAUAGCUGCCACAGCAAAGAGAACACUUGCAAGAGACUGUCUGGCAUCUCCUCAGCCGAUUCAGCCUUCUCGUCCCAAGACUCUAUCACGCUGUCGUUUGAGAAAGAAAGCACAUAUGAUUCUGCUGAGGUCCAGAGGCGGAAGCUGUGUGAAGCCAUCAGGACCAAAGACACCGCCAAGCUGAUGAAGAUCCUCCAGCCUCAGGAUGUUGACCUUCUCCUCGACGGAGGAGGCAGUCUACUCCACCAUGCCAUCACCUUGGGCAAUGAAGAGGCUGUCAAGUUCCUCCUCCUGAACAACGCCAACCCUAACCUUGCCAAUGCUCGUGGUUCCACACCCCUCCACCUGGCCACAGAGAAGCACCUAAAGCCCCUGGCAGAACUUCUGCUUGGUCGGCGCAGCACCAAUGUCAAUGCCAAAGAUGAGGACCAGUACACAGCUUUGCACUGGGCUUCACAGAAUGGGGAUGAGGCAAUCACACGCCUGCUGCUGGACCGUGGGGCAGCUAUUAACGAGGCUGAUGGUCAGGGGCGCACACCAGCUCAUGUGGCCUGCCAACAUGGCCAGGAGAAUGUUGUCCGGGUGCUUCUAAGUCGCGGUGCUGAUAUUCGAAUUAAGGGCAAGGACAACUGGACGGCACUCCACUUGGCUGCCUGGCAGGGGCAUCUGGGUAUCGUCAAGCUGCUGGUCAAACAGGCUGGUGCUGACGUGGAUGGGCAGACAUCAGAUGGCCGCACUCCUCUGCAUCUGGCAUCCCAGAGGGGACAGUACAGAGUGGCACGAAUCCUGAUUGAACUAGGAGCGAAUAUUCACAUGACGUCCACUGGCUUAGGCACACCACUGCAUGUGGCGGCAGAGACAGGUCACACCAGCACCUCUCGCCUUUUGAUCAAACACCGGGCAGACAUCCACGCCCAGAACACCCAUGGACUCACGCCUCUCCACCUAGCCUCCCUGCGAGGACACCUCGCCACGGUCAAGAUGUUGAUAGAAGAAGGGGCAGACCCCUGCAGAUCCAACCAGGCCCUACGCACCCCCUGCCACUUGGCAGCAGAGAGCGGACACUGUGAAGUCCUAAAAGAACUGCUCCUCCACUGUCCAGACGGUGGCGCUCUGUCAGACGAGCAGGGGCUCACCCCAUUGCACCUGGCAGUGCAGGGUGGAUACUCAAACAUCAUUACUAUGCUGCUGCCACAGGGCUGCCAGGACUUGGUGGACUCGGUGCCGCCUAUGGCUGAACAGCCUGCUCCACCGGAAGCUACACAGCUCCAGAGGAAGGUUGUCAUUCUCAAACUGACAGAGCAAAACAACAAAGAUUUCUCACAAUGUGCCUCAGCCCCUUGCUAACUAGAGCAAAGACAAAACUUGUACAGUACUGAAAUGCAUGUAAUUUUUUUAUAGCCUACUCCACUGGGGCCUCAGAGUCGGAGAAGGGAGUGUCAUUCCAGUCCUAAAAGUGUAAUGAACUAAAAAGGCCUUUUAUCACUGUAGGUGUUUCCUAAUGGCCAGAAAGACUUUGUAAAUAUGUAAAUAGACCUAUAAAUACCAUGUUUGAAUUUAAACUUUUGUUUACUUUUUUACUUAACAAGCACAUUUUGUGUAGCAAAUUCAUGAUUAGGAAACUCAUGACCUUUGGAAACCUUUUACUGUACUGCACCGCAGCUGGUAUGCCUGUCAGUUAUAUUUAAUAGACCACAACCUUUGGUCACCAGCUUCAUUGGGUGAAUGCUGUAGAUCAUCUCAGGCAUUGCAUUUAUAAAAACCUUUGACCUUCAGUGUUUUGUAUCUGUUACAUAUCAAUGCUUCAUCAUCCAU